CAGGCGCAGUGGUGUGGUUGCGGUAGGCUGAGGUGGACUUCCUUCUUACAGUGUGGAGGUUGUACAGCGGUUCUUUUAGAGUUUAUUUGGAAGCAAAAAAAACAACUAAUCAGACAUCAGAAUGAUCCGGAUAGCUGCGUUUUUGACGCUGCUGGUUGUUGCCUGCUCGGGGGAGAGUUGCAAGGACCCAGUGAUCACCCCGUCGGCCUACACCACCUCUGACGCCGUCAUCUCCUCAGAGUCCGUCUUCAUUGUGGAGCUCAGCCUGACCUGCGCCAACGGAGCCCAGAGUGUCCCUCUCUAUGCUGAUGUCAAUGGAAGACAGUUCCCUGUGACCAGAGGUCAGGAUGUUGGAAAAUACCAGGUGUCCUGGAGUCUUCCCCACAAACAGGCCACCUCUGGAACGUAUCAGGUCAAAUUCUUCGACGAGGAGUCCUACAGCGCCCUCCGAAAGGCUCAGAGAAACAAUGAAGACGUAAAUGCAAUUCAGCCUCUCUUCACCGUCAACAUUGACCAUAGGGGUGUUUGGAGCGGCCCUUGGGUGUCGACCGAGGUGGUGGCUGGCCUGGUUGGCAUCCUAGUCUAUUACAUGGCCUUCAGUGCCAAGGCCAUCAUCCAAGCAUAAUGUGAUCCACAGUGACUGCCUGUGACCAUUGAAAAGACUUAAUUCUGGCAAAGCUGGAUUAACUAAUCCAACAACCAGCGCUGCAGCCAAACCUACAGGUUUCUGCCUCUUUGUCUCCUUCAGGGAAAUAAGGAGAGGUUGAAGUCUUUAUAUUUCUUUUAUUCAGACUGUGUCUUGGUGGGUUUCAUAAUUAUUUUUUCACAAGUUGUCUUGUCAGCCUUUUUUUUUUUUUUUAAAAACAUCAAAUUAAACUGUACAAGCAACAAGCUCUGUACUCAGACCUGUCUAAAACCCACUGAUUCAUCCGCACCAGAACCGUCAUCUGAGUGGGUAAACUGGUCAGAGUGGGACUUGUUCAGAUGGUUUGAACACCAGUCGAGUUGGGCCUUCCUCAAACAUAAAAUGUCAACAGAACAAGAGCAGAACAUCUUGCUGGAACAUGAAUAAAUGGGCUGUUGUUA